ACCGAACAAUUUCACUUCCUUCGAUCGCGCGUCCUACGGUCGUCGAUUCUGCAAGUGUUCGAUUCAUUCGGCUUGGGGACGACGACAAACGUAUGGCGGGAAAGCAAGUAGCCAGCGACGGAGUACCGUCGAGUCUCGCCGGCAUGUCCAAAAAUCAGCUCUACGAUAUCAUGUCUCAGAUGAAGGCAUUGAUAGAACAGAAUAAAGAGCAAGCUAGGCAAAUCCUUAUUCAGAAUCCAAAUUUGACCAAAGCUCUUUUUCAGGCACAGAUUAUGCUUGGAAUGGUGCAGCCCCCGAAAGCACCACCUGUGAUUUCAGCAGCAGCAUCGCAAAAUCCUCAGCCCUCAGCUGCAUCAACUCAGCAGCCGAAGAUUCAUGCUCCGUCAUCAUUUCCUGGUCAAUCAGCUCAAAACCAGUUGAAGGCGCCGCAACCAAACCAAGCCAUGUCAUCAAAUUCCCAGUCACAACAUACUAUCCCCCCUAAUGCUCAAACCCCGGCCGUCCCAUCACAUCCAUUACAACAACCACCAAUGCAGCAGCAACCUAAGGCGCAUCAUGGUCCCCCUUCGACACCACAGUCGUCCUCUCAAGUUCCUAAUUUGACGCAAUUGCCUCAGCAUAUUCCAUCACAGCCUGCGCCACUUCACCAGCUUCCCGUCCCUUCACUGCCCCCACAACAGCAGCAAUCUAUGCAGAAUACGAGCAGUCAGUACAUGCCCCUGCAGCAACAACCGCAACUACAGCCCCCCCUACCGCCACAACCUAGACCACCAAUUCAAGGAUUUCCGCACCAGCUGAUGGGUCAAAAUUUAGGUUUUCAGCACCCCGGCGGACAGCAGCUUCAUCCUUCACAGCACAUGUUUCAUCCAGGUACAAAGCCGCCUCCUACCAUGGGACCUUCAUUUCCACAGGUUCCUAAUCAGAGCUUGCCUCAGUCGCAUUACCAGGCAGGAGGUUCUCAAGUGGGAAUGGAUUUCAAUCAAGUAGGAAGCUCUAAGCAACCUGAGAGAGGCUCCAAUCGGCCACCUAACCUACCCGACAAUACUAUGGGUCAGCUUCCCGGACCACCCUUUAGCCAGGCAGGUCCCAGCAAUCAACCUCCUCGACAACCACCGUUGACCCCUGAAAUGGAGAAGGCGUUAUUGCAGCAAGUCAUGAGCCUCACACCGGAACAGAUCAAUAUGCUUCCCGUCGAACAAAGGAAUCAGGUUCUUCAGCUGCAACAAAUGCUUCGUCAGUGACACACUUUCUUUGGUGAGAACAUUGUUGUAGAUACAACUAUUAUUUCCCGGUUCGACGGUAUCCGAUCUGAAGUUAUACAUUUCGGGCAACUUCUAAUUAAUGCUUUGGUCACGUUGGUUUUCUUUACAUA